CUGGUUUCUGGAAAACUGGUUUUAAUAUGAAUCACGAUUUCUUCAACCGGUGUCACAGCUGAGUAACUCUAAACGAACAGUCCUUUCAUAAAAACAAGUCCACCAGCGUGCAAUCUUGGGUCGAAACUGUUAACUCAAAGACUGACAUGCAAUAUAAUGGACGGGAGCUUUAAAUCACGUUGCUUUUAUCCCGUUGGCAGUUCGUUUUUACUUCGUCUUUUUGCGUCUGCACUUUUCUUGAGUGUGUACAUGUCAUUACAUUCAAACGUGUCAGCAGCAGGAAACCAAAUAAUUUGCGAUGUUCCCCCAGUGAAGCCAAGAAGAAGCACAGUCCUCACGUGUUAUUUCCCUGAAGAUGUCAGUGAAACAAAGAGAGAUUUUACUGUCUAUCGAUACAUUGACAGUCGUCAAGACUACUUGUACAAAGAUGUAGUCCUUGACUGCUGGUGGUGGUUGGGGAACUUAUCCUGCUUCACGGGUCAAGGAUACAAGUACGACAGAAGGAUAUCCACCAAACUCUCACUGGUGAUUCCACGAGUUUCAGCAUCUGAGCUCGGCAUAUACGAGUGUCGACUAACGAGCUAUGGACCAGACUCCUUCUUUAGCUGUGACCUCAACAUCAAGCUAGAUGGAAGAUCACUCUGCGAUAUCUCUUCAGUCAAAGCGAAAAAACAAACUGCAGUCACGUGCUACUUUCCUGAGGACCUCAGCAAGUCUCGUACAGACUUUAUUGUCUAUCAUCAAUCUAGCCAAGGUUCAGCUGCUGUGUUGAACUGCACGUGGGAUGCAAACAUUCUGAACUGCAUCACUUCUCAAGGUUUUCACUUUGACAGAAGAGUGUCCAGAUACCUCAAUCUCACAAUAACUAAGGCUUCAAAGGCUCACGAAGGAACAUACAGCUGUCAGAGCUCAGGGUCUGAGCCUUUUCUCUACGACAACUGUUCUUUUACACUUCAGAAAGGUAGGACAGAAAUACAGGUAUUUCUUCGCCAUCGAGGGUGGUGUAGGGGCGGCACCCACCCAAUUUGGUUAAUCAGCAUUAAAUGUUAG